AACAGGGCGCCAUUUUCAGGCUUUUAAGCCCUCAGCGGAGUCGACGUUGCCUCGGAGAAUGGCCCCCGGGUCGAAAGGUGACACAGCGUUAGCAGGCUCCAGUGCUGAAGGUGAUGCUAUCAAGGUUUUCGUGAGGGUGCGCCCUCUAGAAGGAGGAACUGUGCUUCCUGACAAUGGCUUGUGCUUAUCUGUUCUUUCAUCAAACACUAUUCGCCUGAAUUCAAAGCCUGAACCUAAGAUUUUUACCUUUGAUCAUGUGGCAGAUGUGGACACAACCCAGGAAUCAGUGUUCUCAAGCGUGGCCAAAAAGAUAGUAGAAUCAUGCAUGAAUGGCUACAAUGGAACCAUUUUUGCAUAUGGCCAAACUGGUUCAGGGAAAACCUUUACUAUGAUGGGUCCUCCCGACUCUGAUAACUUUACUCAUAAUCUGAGAGGAGUAAUACCACGGAGUUUUGAAUAUCUGUUUUUUCUAAUUGAACGUGAAAAAGAAAAGGCUGGUACAGGAAAGAGUUUUCUCUGCAAGUGUUCCUUUAUUGAAAUCUACAAUGAGCAGCUAUUUGACUUGCUGGAUUCUGCCUCAGCUGGACUCUUCCUCAGAGAACACAUCACAAAAGGAGUAUUUGUUGUUGGUGCAGUGGAGCAAGUGUUGACUUCAGCUGCUGAAGCAUAUAAAGUGUUAACAACGGGCUGGAGAAAUCGUCGCGUAGCGUCUACUUCAAUGAACAGAGAGUCCUCAAGGUCUCAUGCUGUUUUUACUAUCACGGUCGAAUCAAUGGAGAAAACCAAUGACGUUAUGAAUAUUCGAUCAUCUGUGCUGAACUUGGUAGAUUUGGCUGGAUCAGAGAGACAAAAAGAUACUCACACAGAGGGAGUUAGGUUAAAGGAGGCAGGGAACAUAAACCGUUCAUUAAGUUGUCUGGGCCAAGUGAUUACUGCACUUGUUGAUGUGGGCAAUGGAAAACAGAGGCACAUCUGUUACAGGGACUCCAGGCUCACUUUUCUGCUACGGGAUUCACUUGGAGGCAAUGCCAAAACUUGCAUCAUAGCAAACAUUAAUCCGGGUUCCAGAUGUUUUGGUGAAACCUUGUCCACCCUUAAUUUUGCUCAGAGAGCCAAACUGAUAAAAAACAAGGCUGUGAUAAAUGAAGACACCCAAGGAAAUGUGAAGCAGUUGCAGUCCGAAGUGAAGAAACUGAAAGAGCAGCUUGCUCUGCUUAUUUCAGGGCAGUCUGUGCAAGAUGCUUCUCUACCUACAGGUACCCUCACACGUGAUGCUGGAAAUGCAGAUUAUCUGAACCAUUUUCUUGAAGCAAUGCUGUUAUUGGAAAAAGCUGAAAGUGAAAGAAAGAUGCUGUUAGAAAAAGUUGCCCAACUAGAAGAUCUCUGUGUCAAAAAGGAGAAGUUCAUUCAAUCCAAUAAAAUGAUAGUUAAAUUCAGAGAGGAUCAUAUAACUCGCCUGGAAAAACUACAUAAAGAGGCUCAUGGCAGCUUUUUGCCCAAUGAACAAGAGAAGCUCUUCGGGGAACUGAAGGAGGAGCUGAAGAUUCUCAGAGAACAGGUGGAACAGCAUCCACGAGUUGCAAAAUAUGCUAUGGAGAACCAUGCUCUUCGAGAAGAGAACAAACGACUUCGCUCCCUGCAGUCUGUGAAAAGUGCCCAGGAUAUUGAUGCUCAGGCAAUGGCGGAGUUGGAAAAAAUAUUUUUAGAAGCUUCAGGUAGAGAAAGCAAUAGCAGAGGCCAGCAGAUGUGUUCUACUACCUCGUCAACAGACAGCAGCUCUAGUGAAAAACUGAAGGAACGCCUCCUCACCACACAGAGUGAACUGGCAAGUUCCAAACAGGAACAUGAAGAAUUUAAAGAGCUAACCAAGAAAAAACAGAUAGAGCUUGAGUCGGAACUUCUGUCUCUGCAGAUGGCAAACCAGCAUCUUGAGAAAAUUUUAGAGGCAACUAAGGCAUGUAAACGCCAGGAAGUCUCCCAUCUUAAUAAAAUGCACAGAGAAACUUUAAAGAAUAUCGCUACCCCAACAAAGGCUUAUCAGCUAAAAUCUCGACUGGUGCCACAAUUAACCCCUGAAAUGUUGAGCCCGGAGUCUAUUGAUAUUCAAAGCUCAGGCGAUAGCGAUUAUAUUUUUAAUGAGCCCAUGCCUCCUGAGAUGAAUGAACAAGCCUAUGAGGCUGUUGCAGAAGAGCUGAGAGUGGCACAGGAAGAAUUAAGCACUCUUCAGAUCAAACUAGAUGCCGAAGAAAGUAAAACUGUAAAACUUCAGCAGCAUAUUAAUAAAUUGGAGCACCAUUCUUCACAAGUGCAAGAGCUCUUUGCCUCAGAAAGAAGCAAUUGGCAGACUGAAAAGCAAGGGCUUCUUGAAAAGCUAGACUAUCUUGAGAAACAAUACCAAGACACUCAGAGCAAGGCGGACAUGUUAAACACUGAGGUUCGUUACCUCCGAAUAGUCCUGCAGUCUGCAGACAAGGAUCUGUCUGCUGUAAAAAUGGAAUAUGACAAUUUCAGAAGAACUCAAGAAAAAGAAAUGGGUGAACUCUCUAGCAGACAUAUGAAUGUACAACUGCAACUUGAUAACGUAAGGCUAGAAUACGAAAACAUACUUGAAAGAAAGACAAGCCUGCAAGACGACUAUGACAAUCUGCAGGAAAUACUGAAAUUUGAGACUGACCAGCUAACGCAGCAGCUCACUGAUAGCAAACAAGAAACGGAAGCACUGAAAACAGAGCUUUGCAAUGCACUGGGCCUGUUGGAAAGUGAAAAAGAAGAUAAUCAGAAAUUAACAAUGCAAUUACAAGAAGAUAAAGAGCAUAAUUCCAAGGAACUCCUGAAAAUUAGUGAAAUCGUGGAGCUAGAGAAGCAGUAUUCCGAAAUGGUGUCAAGAUGUGAGCAGCAGGAAAUAAAGUUGCAGAAGUUGGAGCAAAAUCUAACUGCUUCUGAAGAAGUUAUUGUUUCUCUGCAGAAAACAAAUGCUGCUGAUAAGGAAGUUGUGUCAGACUUGAUGAACCAGAUCCAGGAAAUGAGGAUAUCCAUUAGCCGGAAGACAGAAUGCAUAGAAGGGCUUACAAGUGAGCUGGAGGACAUAAAAUGUAAAUAUAAUUCUGCUUUGGCUGCAAAAGAGGAAAGCAGAGCAAUUAUAGAAGAUCAGGAGAAGCAAAUUGAGGAGCUGAGGGAGGCCUUGGAGAGAGUACAAGCUGCUGACAAAAUUGAGAAAGAGAUUGUUUUUGAAGAACUACAGUAUACUUCUGAGCAGCUCAGCAGUUUAACAGAAGCUUCUAAAAAACAUGCGGCGCUUCUUCAGUCCGCACAAGAAGACCUAAUUAGGAAAGAAGCAUUGAUCCAAGAACUUCAGAAACAGCUGGACAAAAGGACAGGAGAAUUGGAAAACAGGAGAAGUGACUAUGAAGCUAAAGUGCGCCAAAUGGACCAGUUUAUGGACUCUGCAGUGACAGCCCUUCCACAGAGCCCUCGAACUCCUCCCAACAGUCUGGCAAGAUUGUUAGAAACACAUGAGCAGGAGAUAGCAGAUAGGACAGCCUCUGCAAUUACCCUGGAAUGUCUUGUUUCCGAAUUAAAUGAAGAAAGAGAUGCUAAAAAUAGUGAAAUUCUAAGACUAAAGGCUCAGUUAUGUGAAUUGGAAAACCUCCGUCUGGAAAUGCAUGAAUUAAUGGAAAGCAACAGAAAUCUGCAGAGCCAGCUUGAAGAAGUGAAGAGAGGAAGAACGAUCAGCGGCACAAAGUAUCCAGAUAUUAAAGACCUAAGGGAAAGAGAUAAGGAAAUUGCGGAAGGAAAACUAGCAAAGAGUAAAGCACUGGAAGAAACACUGAAAGUUACAUCAGAGUUAGAAGAAGCCAGGAGGGAGCUUAGACACAAGGAGGCUGCUUUUCAGGGAAUACUUCAAGAGGUGGAACGAACAAGAGCUUUGGAGUUUAAGGCCUUCACUGAGAAAGAAGAAAUGAGAUCGAAACUGGAGGAAACCUACGAAGAGAGGGCAAAAAUUGAAAAGGAGAUGUCCUCGCUAAGGAAGCAGAUUGAGUAUCUUGCAGAAGAGAACGGGAAGUUGGUUGGUCACCAGAAUCUAAAUCAGAAGAUCCAGUACCUUGUGAAGUUGAAGAAAGAUCAUGCUAAACUGAUGGAGGAAGUUCAAGUGCUUCGUGUUGAAAACUCUUUUUUGAAAAGAAAGAGUGGACUUUGUCAAGAACCAUCCUGAAACGGCAUCAAGAGUUUUAAUUUUAUUCACAAAGACAUGCGAAACACCUCGAUCAGGGUUGUUACAAAUUAUGUUACAAAUUCUGAGUAAAGCAUUCUUGCUGCAGGUAGAUCUUCUGCCUCAGUGUAGUUCUCCUUUCUUACUGAGCCAUGGUGCUAAUUCAGUCUCGAUGUUGUAGGUGCUGGGAUUAUCACCAUGACUCCUUAUUGAUGUACUGUAUUAGUAUGACUUUUAAAGUUUCUUACCUUUCCUAGAUGAAUCCCUGUAGUACUUCUUUCAGAAUGUGUAUAUACUGAAUGUGAGGGAAAUUAGAUGAAUUGUUUACUUGUUAAGUAAUGUUUUCUACUACUAGGUUUUUAUUUCUUCAGUAAAACAAAACUAAGAUUAUAUUU